UCCUCAUUUGUUCGCCAUUCCAACUCUUCGAAUGCCGACAUCUGUCGUCGAUCCUUUGACACCGUCUCCGUUGAUCGACCAAAGAAACAAAUAAUUAACAAUGACAAAGCAAGAAUGAUAAAUGUCCGCCUGGUUGUCUGUGGGAAACGAUGGCGUCUGGUCCCGAACAACGAACUACCCGAUCGAAGGGCUGACCAAUGAAGUUGGCGGGGACAGCAGAGAAAUGAAUUCGCGUGGGGUGGUGCAAUGCAAGUCAUCGGGUCGAAAAGACUGCAAGACGGACAUUGCUGGGCUGCUUGUGACACUUGUCUGUUUUACUUCGUCUCUUCGUCUUUUGGCGGUCCGUGGCAGCGACGAUAAAAGAUCGGGGACUCGGGAGACCCCCGUAUCACUUACCGGCCAUUUGCUCCAGGUCUAUUCUCAGCUCGUUCUGAAGGAUAGGCUUUGGUGUUCUCUCGAACCACUUUGGACUGCUUGCGCUCCGGCAUUGGCAACGACUGCCGGUUGGACUGCAAUAGCCCCUUCAACUUGCAGGGCUUCUGCCGAUUUGCGUCUGCCCUCAGCUUGAGUCCCUUGUCGGUCCAGACUGGAUUUGUCCCAUCCCUGGUACCGUCCGUCAUCAUCAUCAUGCCGUCGCUUCGGUU